AUGUCACAAAAAGAUGUCGACAACUUACUCGACAUCUGGUAUUUAGAUAUCCAGACUCGAUUUGGAGGAGACUGUGCCCCAUUAUCAAACCAUCGCCACUUACUCGAGACCAUAGAUGCCAUUAAAGAGGGAAGUGCACCCUGGUGGUGCUAUGAAACAGCCAUUGAGGAAGGCCUUGGAGACAAUGCUCCGGAGUGGAAGAAGUCAAGUUACCAGGUGUGGUAUAGAGAUCCCGAUACUGUCAUAUCCAAUAUUCUCGCCAACCAGGACUUUUCGAGCGAAUUUGAUGCAGCUCCAUAUAUUCAUACCAGCAAGGACAGGAAGCGGCGCGUGAGCGAUUUCAUGUCAGGAAACUUUGCCUACAGACAUGCUAAUAUGAUAUUGGACGAGUCAGGUGACUCAGUAGAUGGUGCAAUGUAUUGCCCAAUCAUCAUCGGUGCAGACAAGACUACAGUCUCAGUUGCUACAGGACAUGUCGAAUACCACCCCUUAUACCUUUCUAUAGGUAACCUUCGGAAUGGAGCUAGAAGGGGACAUCAUAAUGGAGUAAUCCCAGUUGGAUUCCUGGCUAUACCAAAAGCUGAUCGGAAAUAUGACAAGGAUAGCAGUUAUCGAGUAUUCAAAAAACAGCUAUACCAUGCUUGUAUCACUGCAAUCUUCAUGUCUAUUGAGGCCGCGAUGCGGGACCCUGUUAUUCGCAUAUGCCCAGACGGCUAUUAUCGACGCAUCAUAUACGACCUGGCUGCAUUCAUUGCGGACUAUCCUGAGCAGGUGUAUCUUGCUGGGAUCAUGCAGGGUUGGUGUUGCAAAUGUACUGCCCGGAACAAUAAUUUGGAUGGGGAUGGUGAACCAAGGACGUGA